AAAGCAAGAAGCGGCUAAGGCCCAUUCCCAGAAGAAGCUCCUCGGCCAGUGGAGUGUGCAGCGUACACAGGCCUUGGUUUCCCGGGACCCGAAAACCCCGUUAAGCCGCAGGCUCUGCGCCCGGGCGUCUUUACAAAGUCACCAGUAAGCAGCGUCCUGCAGAUUGGCCCUGGAACCUCCCAGCCAGUGGUGUGACUGUGGACUUCUCCCAGGAAGAAGGCAAUGUCAAGACUCUGCUGGGAAGGCUUUGCACAGAGACAGGGAUGUUGCAGAAUUACAGCAGUUUGCUUUCUGUAGGGCUCACUGAACACGGAGACCUGGAAGGUGGAGAGGGAGGAGACAGUAAGUGACUAAGGAUCCAGGGCAAGAAGGCAGCUAUUCAUCCUCACUGAAAGACAAACUCAAAGAAGAGAAACAGUGGGAAAUGCCUGAUUCUCCGGGAAAUAAGUCCCAGAAAAAACACUGUCCCUGGAAUCACAAGGCAAAACUGUACCUUUUUCUGUUUAAGGGUCUGUUGACAUUCUGGGAUGUGGCUGUGGACUUCUCCCAGGAAGAAUGGGAAUGCCUGGACUCUGCUCAGAGGGCUUUGUAUAUGGAUGUGAUGUUGGAGAAUUAUAACAACCUGGUCUCUGUGGAGAACUACUGCACACUUGAUACUGUCCAUAAACAUGUAAAGGCUGAAAAUGAAUCUUGUCAAUGUAAUGUUCUUGGUGAGAUGCUUCAUGAACCCUCCAACUGUGUAUUUUAUAAAACAAGUAAAACUACAGAAAACUCUUAUAACUACAGAUGCUACAAUGACAAAGAUGCCUCUAACGCAUCAAACACAGGUAGACAUAUAAUCAUGCACACUAGAGAAGAACCUUACAAAUUUGAAGACUGUGAGAAGUCUUUAAAUUUGUUGUCCAACCUUAUUCAAGAUCAGAGAAUCUACACUGCAAAGAAAAAACAGAAAGAAGAAGAAUAUGAUGACAUUUUUGGUUCGCCAUACAGUCUUUUGAAACAAACAGUCUAUGUUGUAGAGAAACCAAGACAGUGUGGGGAAUGUGGGAAAUGCUUCAGAACUGCCUCAAGCCUCACUGUACACCAAAGAAUUCAUACUGAAAAGAAAAACUACAAGUGCAACCUUUGUGACAAAUCUUUUAACCAACACACACAUCUUAAAAUACAUCAAAGACUUCAUACUGGAGAGAAACCUUACAGAUGUAUGGAAUGUGGCAAAUCCUUUACUGUGAAGUCAACUCUCACAAAACAUCAGCAAAUUCAUACUGGACAGAAACCCUAUAAGUGUAACACUUGUGAAAAAUCCUUUACCCAGUGUUCAAGUCUUAAAACACAUCAAAGACUUCAUACUGGGGAAAAGCCUUACAAAUGCAAAGAAUGUGGAAAGUCAUUUCCUCAGCUAUCAGCCCUUAAAAGCCAUCAGAAAAUGCAUACUGACAAAAGACAUUCUGGAGAAAAGCUUUACAAAUGCAAUGAAUGUGACAGAACAUGUAAACACUAUUCAUCAUUUAGAAGGCACCAGAAGAUUCACUCUCUAGAGAAGUUACACAAAUGCAAAGAAUGUGGUAAGUUCUUUCUUGAAUUAUCACAUCUUAAAACACAUUCCAGAAUCCAUACUGGUGAGAAGCCUUACAAAUGUGAGUCAUGUAACAAAUCCUUUACAACAAAUUCAACUCUUAGAACACAUCAAAAAAUUCAUACUGGAGAGAAACCUUACAAAUGUAUAGAAUGUGACAAAGCCUUUACCCAAGAUUCACAUCUUAGAAGACAUCACAGAGUUCAUACUGGAGAGAAACCUUAUGAAUGCAACGAAUGUGAUAAAUCUUUUUCUAAGUGCUCAACUCUUAGAGAACAUGAGAAAAUUCAUUCCGGAGAGAAAAUUUAUAAAUGCAAAGACUGUGACAAAUCCUUUACCCAGUAUUCAAAUCUGAGAAAACAUUGGAGAGUUCAUAAUGAAGUAAGACAUCACUUCUGUAAGGAAUGUGGCAAAUCCUUUACUAGGGGCUCAUAUCUUAGAAUACAUCAGAAAAUUCAUACUGGAGAGAAACCUUACAAAUGCAAAGACUGUGGAAAAUGCUUUAUUCAACUUUCAAAUCUUAGAACACAUUACAGAGUACAUACUAAAAAGAGUACCUUGCAUUUGUAAGAAAUGGAAGGAAUGUGGUGAAUCUUUUACUAAGUAAGCAGCUCUUCAAGAAUAUCAGAAAAUUCAUAAUGGAGAGAAAAAUACUGUUAUAAAUAAUGUGACAUUGCAUUUAUCUGGUAUUCUUUGUUUACCAAUCACAUUAUACAUAAUAUAAAUCUAAAGAUAAGGAAAUUGUGAAAGCCUUAAAAGAUGGUUUAAAUAUUUGAAGAGUAUCAUAGAGUCUGUAUUAAAAUAAAUUUCCUGGAGCACUGAGCAGAUCCCGGGUGGCAGCUCUGCACCCUAUCUCACAAAACCCAGAGGAAGCAGCACUCCCAGGA